UGCAGAUUGCUUAUAAUUAGAAAAAGGGAAAAUUAUAAUUAUAAUUAAUUGAAAAGGAAUGCUCAGAACAACCCAUUACACUGGCAUUUUGCUGACAUGUAGAUUAUUUCUAUGGCGAAGUAAUGCUUAUGCAGGAAAUGCUUCAAAAUUGCUUUUAUUUGCCUCAGUGUUAUCAAUAGACUUUGAAUUUGACUUUCUAGUGAUAAUAACGAAGUAAUGGAUAGUAUAAAGGGUUGUCAGGUCGAACAUCAGAGGCAACAACGUAGACACAGCAGAAGAACCACCGGACCAACUGAGAAAGACACAAAUUGCUUUCCGUCCAAUAACAUCAUGAGCAACACACCGGGAGAUUUAUUGAAAGAGAAGCUCGAUCAGCUGCAGUGUCACUUCACAUGGAGACCACAGAAGGAAACAAUUGACUUGGAAAAUGUGAAGUUCAGAUUGCAAUAUUCUCUGACAUUGGGUGGAAAAUAUCAAGCUGCAUCGUACAACCUACUUGCUUUUGUAAACUGUCUGCAGGGUCAUUUUGAAGAAGCCAUUGAAAACUUAAAGCAAGCUGAAAAGAUACUGAGAGAAAACUAUAAAGUUGAAUUUGAAAGAAGAAGCAUCAUCACCUAUGGAAACUUUGCCUGGGUGCAUUACCACAUGGGACAACUGGCCGAGGCCCAGUCCUACCUCGACAAGCUGGAAGUGAUCUGUAAACGGCUCAGUGACGGCCCUCGCUAUACAGCAAUGAUACCUGAGGUGUACGGGGAGAAGGGAUGGUCAUUGUUGAGUUCUGCUUCUGAAUACUAUGAGGAGGCAAAGGAAUGCUAUGCAAAGGCUCUGCAGCAAGAUCCAGACAACACCGAGUGGAUAAUCGGAUACGCGACUGUACUGUCUCGUCUGGAAUCUCUUUCUGGAAACCCAGAGAGUUGUGAUCAGUGUCAGUCAGUGAAGUAUUUCCGACGAGUACUGGAGCUUGAUCCAGAUGAUGCUGUGGCCAUGGUGCUGUUGGCUGUAAAACUGCAGAGGCUAAGGCAAAAUGAGGAAGCGCACGAAUUGGUUGUAAAAGCGUUGCAGAAGACCUCUGAUCUUCCAUAUGUGCUUUGCUCCACUGCAAAAUAUUAUAGACAAAGGGGACCUGUGGAGAAAGCAAUUCAGCUCUUGAAAAAAGCAUUAGAAUUAACUCCACACUCUUGGUUCUUACACCACCAACUUGGAUUGUGCUACAGAAGGAAGCUGGAAUGCACUCGUUCCAGAUAUCUUCGCAAUCCUGUAUUUCACCAGAGAGCUGAGUUGAUCAGUCUAUGCAAGUAUCACUUUGAAAAGUCUUUUGAGCACAGUCGAAGUUUAGCUAUUCAACCACAACUGGACUUUGCAGACAUCUGCAUAACAAGUGGGGAAUAUUCCAGAGCAGAAGAGAUUUACCGUAGAUUGGUGGAGUUAGUGGACAUUCAUCCAGGGAAUAUACAAAGCAUAUGUCUGGAAGCUGGGCGAUUUGAACUAAACUAUAAAAAGUCUGAAACAAAUGCUGUUCGCCUCUUCCUGAAAGGAGUGAAAAUUGAAUAUAACUCAAUAGAACGGGAAAGCUGUCGCAUGAAUUUAGAGGAGUGGGCAGAUAGGAAACUCAGUAUAAAUGCACAGGACAGCGAGGCUCUUGGUAUUAAAGCAUUUCUGUAUCAGCUGGAUGGGAUCAACGAUCCUGGCAAUCAGGAACAUCUGAGUGCUCUUUCUCAAUUACCAUCUGAGUACCACUGGUAUUUUUAAAAGAUGCAUUUCCAUCUGAUCUGAAGAUAGAUUUGGUGGGUUGUUGCUUUACUAGUUAUAUCCUCUUAGCACCUUCUCUUACUCAUUAGUGUUCGAUUUGCAAAAUUGGUCCCUUUGUAACUAGACCCAAUUAUUGUGUUUCUUUUUAAAAUCUUGAUUCCUCAAGUACCCUGAGCAAACUGAAUUUAGUUGUGUUUCUCUGGACUCUGGAAAGAUGGGAUUUGGGAAACUGCAGCCAGUGGAGUUAAAUGAAAAAUCUAAAGUUUUUCCACAUUGGUUUGUUUGACUUAUUAACCAUUGAAUGUAUCUUACUUUUUAAAUAUAUCGAGUUUGAUUUUAUCUUAAGGAUCUUUGUAAAAUAUCCUCUAAGGAUAUGUUUGGUAAUUAAAGCUU